UGUAACCCCAACAAGAUCCGAAAAGAAGUGUGCCCGAAUUUCAUCACAACCUUGUCUCUUUUAUACCGAGAGAGGCGUUUAAAAUUGGGCGUAAUAGCUGAGGGUUGAAGCUGCUGAUUGAAGUUGAUUCAUCGUUGAAUCUGAUCCGUUAUCAUGGAUCUGAAUCCGCCUGCAGGAGAAAACUAUGCAAACCCAAGGAUAUGCUUCUUUCAUGUCCUCUUCAAGGCUGGAGCUUUGGCGUUUUACAUACUAUCAGCACUGUUUUUUGAUAGUUUUGUGAUAAUAUUUGUGGUGACUGUUCUUCUUUCUGCUCUUGAUUUUUGGGUGGUGAAAAAUGUGAGUGGUAGAAUCUUAGUUGGUUUGAGGUGGUGGAAUGAAAUUGAUGACAAUGGUGAAAGUGUCUGGAAAUUUGAAUGUCUUGAUCAAGAGUCGUUGGCUCGAAUGAACAAAAAGGAUUCAUGGCUGUUUUGGUGGACUCUUUACUUGACUGCGGUUGUAUGGAUAUUCUUUGGAAUAUUCUCUCUGAUAAGAUUCCAAGCUGAUUAUCUUCUUGUUGUUGGAGUUUGCUUGACACUCAGUGUUGCAAAUAUUGUCGGCUUUACAAAAUGCCGCAAAGAUGCAAAGAAGCAGAUUCAAGCAUUUGCAUCACAGACUAUUGCAAACCGGUUCCAGUCUACGUUACAGUCUGCAUUUAGUGUGGUGUGAUUUUGAUUUUCAUAUACAAAAAGAAAAAAGAAAAAAGAAAAAAGAAAAAAGUUUGGUUUGUUAUUGUACUUGUUUUGAUAUACCAUAAAUUCCAGUAUUACUAUUAGUGAACGUUUUACAUUUUUAUUUGGUGACUGUUUUGAAUGUAGUUUUAAAUAUAUUAUUUUGAAUAUUUGA